AUGAAGCUAUUUUCACUACCACCCAUUCCUCUGGCUCUAUUCUUCACGACUCUCACCGUCCUCGCACAAAAAGAUAAUGGCGAAGAAUGUUCAUGUUUUCGAACCGAUAGUGCUUCAUCUGGAUACUUUACAUACCACCGAUUUCACGAUUUUCGAACCGUGGCCACAGCUUCGCAGACGGUUCCGGAGUUGAUUUCAAAUGAGGGUGAUUCCUCAAGUGCGGUUGUAACGUCGGAUUUCUUUUCGGGUAGUGCGUGGAAUAAUGAUUGGUCGACUCAGAGUUGGAAUAAUAGUGAUUCAAUGAAGGAGAGUGGGAGCAGUGUGUUGAUGGUUAAUUCUCCAAAUAAUGUAUAUAUCGAAACCUCAACCGACAAUGAUACCUCCUACGAUACCUACCUCACCCUCCGCACAGCCCGCCUGGAAAAUUUCCAGUCCGUCGCCGAAUUCGACUCCAACGAAAGGAACUUCAAAUACCUUUCCGCCCGCUUCCUAGCCCGAGUUAUUGGUUCCGAAGGAGCAUGCGCAGGAAUCUUCACCUAUCUCAACUCCAAUCCCAUCCAAGAAGCCGAUAUUGAAAUUCUCACCUCCGGACCCCGAAACGUAGUCCAAUACACGAAUCAACCAUCUCUUAAUAAAGCGGGUGAUGCCGAUCCCCGCGCUACAUCGAAUGCUUCCACCGCAGAUGGGGGUAUGAAUUGGAGUGUCUGGAAUACUUAUCGAAUGGAUUGGAUGCCAAAACAAACAUCCUGGUAUAUAAAUGGCGAAAGUGUUGCGAAUAUUACAUACCAGGUUCCGAAGUCUCCGAGCGGAUUGAUAUUGAAUAUGUGGAGUGAUGGCGGAGAAUGGACGGGAAAUAUGUCACUUUUCGAUGAAGCAUUUCUACAGUUUCAGUGGAUUGAAAUAGUGUAUAAUACUAGUGGAGAGUACGCAGGGAGUAAGAGGGAACUGGAAACGAGGAAGGACAAGGGAUGUCAAGUUGUGUGUGGAGUUGAUGAGGGGGUUAAUGUUACGGGGACACCGGUGAUGUUGAUUAACAAUACGAAUCUUGGAACGCUGGGUUGGAAGGAGGGUUCGGGGAGUAUGGGAUGGAUUCCGGUUGUGGUGGUUGGGUUGGUUCUUUUUGGAUGGUUUUGA